AUGCUCAGGUUUGGCAUUGAUGACCUGGACGAUUCGGACAGGCAGGAGCGGUUAGAGUGGUGGCAGUCCGUGCACCCUUGGCUUCAAGGCAAGGGAUACACCAUGUUCGAAUACGAUAGCUGGAAGUACGGGACACCAAUUCGUUCAUUCCACGGUGAAGCAGGACUUCCCUACGCUCACACUGUAUCGGGGCCUCCUGAGAGUCACAGUGAUCGAAAGCCAUUUGGGACACAUUUCCACUGCAACACCAUAUUUGCACAAGACUCUCGAGGGCGGCACGUUGUUCUCAAGAUCGUUCAAAGGGAUUCAGAGGAGUACAAAAUCCUUGCUUUUCUACGCCAGCAUGUCGAUUGGUCCGACGUCGAUAGUUUUCCUUGUGUAAUUCCGGUGCUUGACCUUCUCCCAUAUGAGGGAAAUUGGUUAGCAGUCAUGCCUAGGUGGGGUGUCAAUCACGAUCGCCCUUGGUUUGCGACAUGCUCAGAAGUAUUGGAUGCCAUCCGUUGCUACUUGAAGGGUCUCACUUUUCUCCACGAGAAACGCAUUUUUCACCGAGACCUGGAUCUCCGCAACCUCUACGUAAAUCACUUCUGUUGUACCAAGUGCUCAAACGACAACCCCUUCAGACAUGAACUGAGAAAGGGAGGCCAGGCCAAGUAUGCCAUAGCAGACUUCAACCUGUCGAUUAUGUUUCCACCUGACACCUCUUUACGUGACUGUCGGUUGCCAACGUCGGAGGCCUAUGGAGUCGAUCAAGCUACGCACGAAGUGGACUACGCACAUCCUGAUUUCAACCCAUUCGCGUACGAUGUUGGCGCGCUUGGAAUACAGUUCUGCUACAUAUAUGGGCACCUUUCGCCACAAAUUCCUAUUCUUGCUCCCCUGUUGGGAGGCAUGGUCACGUACAAUGUCUCAAAGCGGUUUACUGCUGCAGAAGCUCUGGCCUUUCUAGACGAGAAUCGAAAGUUGUUGACCGAGCAACAACUCUCCGCUGUUCCGUCAACGGAUAUGGACAACCCUGAAAUUCUAAGUCAAACUUGGGACAAGCGAGACAGGUGGUCGGGACUUUCGGCUGAAGACCUUGCGAGAUGGGGUCGAUACCGGGAAGUGAUGCCCAACUUUUUCGAGCGCACAGUUGUUGAAUGGUUGUGUUGUCGCAUGUGGGGCUGGACAAUUGUGCACAAUAUGCGUCUAUUAUGCAGACGCCUGCGAUCCUUCUCCCCUGUCUUUACUGUGUUCGUCACCAGGUGUGAAGCUCUAAUACGACAGCGAAACAAAGUAGUUCUGAAAUAA